AUCAGUCUUAAAUAGUAUCAUAUUCAUGGCAUUUUCAUCACCUCAUCCAAUGCCCGAAAAUCCCAUUGAUUUUCGCGCCCCGCCGCCAUCUCCUAUUGCCUCUGGCCGGAGAUCAUCUGUGGCCAAUGAUGAUGUGCUUACUGAAUUUCUUGAGCACUCACUACGUGUACCAGAUUUAGUUUUGCCUGAUAAGAUCUUCCCUAGGCAAAAGAUUGUUGAAACGCAGCCAAGAAUUGAUUUCCAAUCGUUGCAUUCCGCGGACAGUGAUUCAAUUCCUAGGAUUUUGGAUUCCCUGUCAAGAAUCGGGUGCUUUCAGUUGGUAAAUUAUGGAAUUCCAAGUGAUUUUACAAGAUUGGUGGUGGCCAUGGCUGCUGGGAUUUUUGGGGUGCCGCCGGAGAAAAGAGUGGAUGUGACAAUGUCCCCGGAGAAGCCAUAUGGGUUCGAGGAAAUGCAUGGGGAGGAGGAGAGUGAAUUGAGAGAAGAGUUUGUGUGGUGUAGAGAUGAGAAUUUGAAGUUAGAUAUGGAGGGAAUAUGGGCAACUGGAUAUUCAAAUUUCAGUGAGAAAAUGGAAACUCUUGUAUCUGAUAUGGAAAAUGUAGCAGAGAAAAUUCUGCAAAUUCUGAGAGAAAAUUCUCAGAGGAAGACAAUGUAUGGAGGAGAUAUUUUGCAGUGGCAAGAUCUGGUUGGCUCAGUGUGUCAUCUUUAUAAGAAUAGACAUAAUCUAAGGGCAAACUCUUUAGGAUAUGAUAUGAUCGGAAUGCUGAUAAGGGGAACCGAUUACUCUCAUGCACUGUGCCUGCAUAUUUGUGAUGGGUCUUCAGAGUUCCAUGUUUACUCCAAAAAAGGAUGGGUAUCUUUUUGCCCAGAUAAAGAUGCAUUAGUCGUCACUGCUGGAGAUCAAACACAGGUACUAGUUACAUAA